AUGCCUUAUACUUGGAAGUUUUUAGGGAUCAGCAAACUGCUUUCAUUGGAAAAUGAUAUGGCGCAGUUGAACCAAUUGCUGAACCUAGAAGUUGAUUUUGAUAUUCAAACCAUACGGGUCCCCAGUAGUCCUGAUGGUGCUUCCGCAGCCAGCGAGUAUAUUCGCUACGAAUUGAAGUUGGACACCUCAAAUUUGGAUGAGAAUACGUACUCUAAGUUCAUUUUCUUGGGGGAUUCGAAAAUGGAAGUGCCGAUGUUUCUGUGCUAUUGUGGCACAAACAAUCGUAAUGAGGUUGUAUUAAAAUGGCUGAAGGCAGAAUAUGGCGUCAUAAUGUGGCCGAUCCGUUUCGAUCAGAUGAUGAUGAUCAAGUUAGCAGACGCCAGCAUCGUGCACGUAACGAAGGAGAACAUCGAACAGAUUACCUGGUUUAGCUCAAAAUUCUAUUUCGAACCAGUAACACAUGACAAAAACUUGCGGCAAUUCAAUAUAGAAAUACCGAGGGAAAGCUGCGAGGGCUUGGCUCUCGGCUAUGGUAGUACUAUGCACCCGUAUAACGACGCAAUCGUACCUUACAUUUACAAUGAGACAGGGAUGGCAGUGGGAAGGUUACCCCUGACUUCUAUCAUACUAGCGGGGCACACGAAGAUAAUGAGAGAAUCCAUAGUCACGUCGACACGAACUCUCAGGGACAGAGUUCUCGCUGUCGUUCUUCAGUCAAUCCAGUUCAUCAGUGAAUGA